AUGAGUGUGUGCUGGUGGCUGUAUCUGGUGGUGUUGAUGGGGUCGUACACACUGUGCUCCCCUUCACCCGAAAAUGAGGUGCCACUGCGCACCAGCACCUGGAUCAGUGAGGGCAAGAGCACAUCUGUAUACCUCAACAAAGGACACACACGCAGGCUUCAUUUCACCGUGAGGAAGAAAACAGCGGCGCUGACGCUCACCGUCACUCCCUGUACUGGAACCAUCAGCUGGAGUCUCACCGCCACCUCACUCCAACACAAACCCACCUACCAGCACUGGAGUUUUCAGAAGAACACACCUGAGGUUUGGUGGAGGAACUCAGGAGGUGAGAUGAGGCUUCACUCGUACUCCGGCGGUGCCGUGGAUGUUUAUGAAGGUCCGGUGUUCGACCUGACCUCCGUUUACACCCUGCAUAUUAAAUCAGUGCAGCAGGACAGUAAGGCUGAGGUUUAUCUUUAUGAAGGACCUGCAUCAUCCAGGGUUCUCCCUGAACUUCCCUCAGACUCCAGAGUUCACACACUCGGUGUUGGUAUGAGCAGCGUCACUCUGACCUGGAGACCGAGUUCAUCCUCCGUCAGAGCUCAGCGGUACGAGUACUGCGUUACCGUCAACCGCAAACAGAACUUUGCCAGCUUUUGUGCUGCACGUAAGGAGCAUGAAAACCAAAACGGGGUGAAAACCAAGCGACAGCAGGAAGCUGAAGGACAGCGGACUGGAUCUCACAACCAUCUGUGUGUGUGCAGUGUGGUAGAAAACGUGUGUACGGUGUCUGAUCUUCUCCCAAACACAAGCUAUUACUUUGACGUGUUUCUGAUGGACAGGGUGAACAGCAACAGUGUGGCAUACGAGGGCACGAUGGCACAAACCCAUGCUGAAUCACACACUCACCCUGUAUCAUACACACCGCCGGGUGUGACUGCGCUCAGAGACGGACGGGCGCGGCGGGUCUCGCUGAACUCAGGUGAAAAUGAAGGAAGGAGUUUUCGUUUCCGGCCUCGUGGAGGGCAGAUGAACGGGCUACUCACCCUGCAGAGCUGCAAUAACACAAACACACUGGCACACACACUCAUCGUGUCUGUCUCUGCCCGAGGAACUGAGCUGGCAUCACAGGAAGUGAAAGAUCAGCUGAUCCAGAUUUGGCUGCAGGGAACCUCGUCGUACCGGAUCAAUAUCCAGCUCCGACCUAAACUUCCCUCUGUAGGACUACACGGUGUUAAGAGUGAGAGAGUGUGUGUGAAACUGCAGGCAUCAUCAGCAUAUCACCGUCAGGGGGCGCCAUCACUCCCACACACACUCCAUGUUAAGAGCUUCAACCCACUGCGCACCUGCAGUUCGGUCACCCUGGCGUGGAUGGGUACGGAGGAACGGGGCCUCUACUGUCUAUACAAACACAAAGCUGAUGAAGAGAGUGAGACGGCUCGAUACAGGGUGAUAGAGAGUGAGCGCAGGAGUGAUACAGAGCGAUACAGAAAGACUCCAAGUGCAGCAAAAAGUGAGACAGAUCAGCACAGAGUGAAACAACGUCGGGGGAAAAGUGACCGGAUUAGUGAGACAGAUCAGGAUGGAGUGAGAUUUGGCCAGUGGAAGAGUAAACUGAGGAGUGAGCCGGAUCAGGAUGGAGAGAUAAAGAGUGCACAGAGACGCAGCAGAGAUCAGGAUCAGUACAGAGAGAUACAGAGGAGUGAGAAUGUUCCAGACAAAGUGAGAUGGAGUGGGUGGAAAAACGAGACAGAGCGAGACAGAGUGAUAUGGGGUGAACAGAAGAGAGAGACAGAUGAAGUGAUAGAAAGUGAGACAGAUGAAGGAACGAGGAACCGGAGGAGUGAUACAGAUCAGUACCGAGUGAAACGCAGUAAUCAGAAACGUGUUCAGAGGAGUGACACACAUGGAGUGAUACAGAAUAAACUUAAGAGUGAUACAGAAGCGUUUGGAGUUUCACUGAGAUCAGAUAAACGGAGGAGAUCAGAAGAUCGGACGAGAGAUCCGGAUUCUGUAACUCAGCGGCAUGAGCGGCGGCGGAGUGAUACUGAGCGACACGGCGUGAUACGUCACAAGCAUACAGGUGUUACAGACCGCUGCCUGGCACCUGAGUCCCGCCCCCCUGAUCAGCGGGUACUCUGUAAAUACUUCCAGGAACUGGACGCACGGCGCGCUGUUACCACGGCAACAGUGGGCGGGCUGGAGGCAGGGACGGCGUACACGUUUGAUGUUUAUCUGAUUAGACGAUGGGCACUUCCUGUUAAAUACCACAGCAUAACCGUGCGCACACGGCGAGAGUGCUGA